AUGCCAACCCUGGAUGACAAGUGGGACAGCCAUGAGGAUGAUUUCAGCAGCCGCUGCAGGAGAUACGAGGUGGACUGGAACACGAUGGGCAUCAGCUGCACCGACCCCCUCAGCAGCCUCACGGGCAACCAGAGCACUGUUCCCCUGGGUCCCUGCCAGGACAGCUGGGUCUACGACUUCCCUGGGACCUCUCUCGUGACUGAGCUUAACCUGGUGUGUGAGGGUUACUGGAAGCUGGACCUCUUCCAGCCAUGUGUGAACGCUGGGUUUUUUAUUGGCUCCAUGAGCAUUAGCUACACAGCAGACAGGUCUGGCCGCAAACUCUGCCUGCUGGUCACUGUCCUUGUCAACGGGGUCUCAGGGCUUCUCAUGGCCUUCGCGCCGAGCUACAACUGGUCAGUGAUCUUCCACCUGAUGCAGGGACUGGUCAACGGGGGCUGGCGGACAGGCUACGUCUUCAUUGCAGAAUUUGUUGGCUCAAACUACUGGAGGACAGCAGCCAUCACUUACCGACUUGCCUUCACCCUGGGGCUCCUCAUCCUCACUGCCCUGGCUUACGCGCUUCCACACUGGAGGUGACUCCAGCUCACCAUCACGCUGCCCAAUUUCUUCUUCCUGCUCUACUAUUGGUGUCUGCCCCAGUCCCCUGGGUGGCUAAUAGCUCAAAAGCAAAAUAACAAAGCUAUGGAAGUUAUUAAGCACAUUGCCAAGAGAAAUAAGAAGAAGCUACAUCUCUUUCCAGACGGAGAAGAGCUGAAACCUUCAUUUCUAUACCUGGUCAGGAUACUUCAAAUAAGAAAACAAAUGUUCAUUUUGAUGUACAGGUGGUUCACAAGCUCCGUCCCCUACCAGGGACUCAACAUGCACAUGGGAAUAGCCUCUGGGAACAAGUAUCUGUAUUUCCUCUAUUCUGCCCUCAUCGAGUUCCCAGCCGCCUUCAUCCUCAUGCUGACACUGGAUCGCAUUGGCCAUCACUACCCCUGGGCUGCAGCAAACAUCAUGGCGGGUGGUGCUUGCCUCAUUGCAGUGUUAGUCCCAGACACUCUUUAUUGGCUUAAAAUGACUGCUGCUUGCUUGGGCAGGAUGGGAAUUACCAUGUACUACGAAAUGAUCUGCUUGGUAAAUCCUGAGCUGUAUCCAACAUUUCUCAGGUCAUUGGGAGUCCUCGUCUGCCCGUCCAUGUGCGACCUAGGUGGGAUCAUAACACCCUUCCUUGUGUACAGACAAGCAGAGCUCUGGCACGAACUGCCAGUCAUCUUUGCUGUGAUUGCCUUCAUCAAUGGCAGCUUGGUUUUGCUCCUACCUGAGAUGAAGGGAAAAACUUUGCCUAAGACCAUUGAAGAUGCCAAAAAUUUGCACAGGCAAGAGAAAAGGAAAGAAAAAAUGAUUUAUCUCCAUGUUCUGACUUCCGAAGCUGCCCCCAAGUAA